CAGUACUUUGCAACAUCCGCUCUUUCGCCGUUUCCUUACAACGGCUACUACAAUUAAAUAGCUUUUAUCAUGAAGAAAUUAUAAAAUACCUACUUAAAUAUCCAACACAAUAUGAAUGUUUUGCCUUGAAAACGACGAUCAUGGCGAGGAUUGGAGAAAUAAUUCAUCUGAACGUCGGGGGCAAAAGGUUCAGCACCUCCAGACAGACUCUGACAUGGGUUCCGGACUCCUUUUUCUCAAGUUUAUUAAGUGGACGGAUCUCAACACUUAAAGAUGAGACUGGAGCGAUAUUCAUAGACCGAGAUCCAUCUCUGUUUGCGCCCAUUCUCAACUUCCUGCGCACUAAAGAGCUUCACCCCAGGUCAAUAGAAGUUCACUUAUUAAUGCACGAGGCAGAGUUCUAUGGGAUCACGCCGCUGGUGAGAAAGCUGCAGUUGUGUGAUGAGUUGGAUCGCUCCUCCUGUGGGAACGUGUUGUUUAAUGGAUACUUGCCGCCUCCAGUGUACCCAGUGAAGCGCAGGAACAGGCACAGCGUGGCAGGACCCCAGUUCAUGGGUGGCCGUUCGGAGCCUGUGGAAAGGGCCCCUGUGAGGAGGAGUAACACGAUGCCACCCAACCUGGGCAACGCUGGCAUACUGGGCAAAGCCGUCAUUGAGGAGCGGGUGCCAGGUCCGGUCUCUGAUCCAGGCAUGGUCAGGAUCAUAUGUGGUCAUCAUAACUGGAUUGCUGUGGCCUAUGCCCAGUUUGUGGUCUGUUACAGGGUGAAAGAGUCCACUGGAUGGCAGCAGGUCUUCACCAGCCCUCGGCUCGACUGGGUGAUUGACAGGGUGGCUCUGAAUGCCAAGGUCAUGGGCGGGUCACUGGGAGACAACGAUAAGAUGGUUGCGGUGGCAUCAGGCACUGAGAUCAUCCUGUGGGCGAUCUGCCCUGAUGGCAAUGGCAAUGAAAUUGGUGUGUUCAGUUUGAAUGUGCCGGUCGAGGCUUUGUUCUUCGUGGGAAACCAGCUCAUUGCCACCAGUCACACGGGUAAAGUGGGCGUUUGGAACGCCGUCACCAAACACUGGCAGAACCAGGAUGUUGUUCCCAUCAACAGUUGUGACACAGCCGGAUCUUUCCUCAUUUUGGGAUGUAAUAAUGGAUCUAUUUACUAUAUAGAUGUGCAGAAGUUCCCGUUGCGGAUGAAGGAUAAUGAUCUGUUGGUGACUGAGCUGUAUCGAGAUCCCACUGAAGAUGCUAUCACUGCUCUGAGUGUCUACCUGACGCCCAAAACAAGUGACAGUGGGAACUGGAUCGAGAUCGCGUACGGCACCAGUUCAGGCUCGGUGCGGGUCAUAGUUCAGCAUCCAGAGACGGUGGGAUCCGGUCCACAACUCUUCCAGACCUUCUCUGUUCACCGCAGUCCUGUGACCAAGAUCAUGCUGUCCGAGAAACACCUCAUCUCUGUGUGUGCUGACAACAAUCACGUGCGGACCUGGACGGUGACGCGUUUCCGAGGCAUGAUCUCCACCCAGCCUGGCUCCACUCCUCUCACCUCCUUUAAGAUCCUCUCAUUGGACGAUAUCGACGGUCACGGAGGCUGUGCUGCCGGCACUGAAAUCGGGCCGUACGGGGAGCGUGACGAGCAGCAGGUGUUCAUCCAGCGUGUGGUUCCUGACACGGAUAAACUCUACGUAAGGCUCUCCUCCAAUGGGAAGAG